AGCGGUUUCUAGUCGACCUUGUUGCAUUCAUACUCUCGCUCUCUCAGCUCCAGCCGGCGUCCACUACGUUACGCCUCCACGAUAACGCAAACAUGGCCAGUUCGGUUGCCUACUGCACGCUCGUCACAACGGACGGAUAUGUGACAGCCGCCCUGGUUCUUGCCAAGUCGCUCCGCGAUACCGGCACGCGCAUCCCGCUUGCGGUCCUCACGACGCCUCACACGGUCUCACCACCCGCUCUGGCCCGCCUGCGCGUGCUCUUCGAUUUGAUCCUAGAGGUCCCGCCGCUCGGCGGGGGCGGCGGCGACGACGACGCGUGCGCCGCCUCCAACCUCCGGAACCUGGCGCUCAUGGGCCGUCCGGACCUGGCCGCCACGCUGACCAAGCUGCACCUCUGGUCGCUGACGCAGUUCGAGCGCGUCCUGUACCUGGACGCCGACACGCUAGUACUGCGGUCGCUGGACCCGCUGCUGCUGCUGCAGCCGCCGCCGCCGACGCCACCGGGGGGCCUCGCGGCGUCGCCGGAGCUCGGGUUCCCCGACUGCUUCAACUCGGGCGUCAUGCUGCUCGCGCCCGACGCGGGCACGCACGCGGCGCUGCUGCGGCUGGCGGCGCGGACGGCGUCGUUUGACGGCGGCGAUCAGGGCCUGCUCAACAUGUUCUUCGGGGACGGCCCGCACGCCCAGCAGCACCACCAACAGGGGAGGAAGGCGAGCACGGGCGGCAUGUCGGACUCGGCCGACUCGGGCGUGGCGCUGGGUGCGGGCGGCCAGCAAGAGGCGGAAGGGGAAGAAAGGACGGCUAGCCCGCUAGGGCCCGUGCAAGAAGAAGUGCCGGCACCACUGACAAUAAGCGAGAACCACCACCACGGCGGCGGCGGCGGCGGCGGCAGCACGUGGCACCGGCUGAGCUUCACGUACAACAUCGAGAUGCACAGGGUGUACCGGCUAUACAUGCCCGCGAUUCUGCGGUACAGGGACGAGCACAAGGUGCUGCACUUUAUCGGCAGGGACAAGCCGUGGCACUUUGCCGACGGCAUGGUGGACGUCUCCAAAGAUCCGAGCCCAUACUCUCGGUUCUACGCCGACAUGGUGGCGCGGUGGUGGCGGGUGCGGAGGUCGCUGCCCGCGGGGGUCGACGAGGCGUUGAGCACGUGAUUUCGGCCCGGGGAGGCGGCUGUUCGGCAUGCCUGGCUCGGGUCCCUGCAUUCAGCAAGCGCUGCCGCCGUGUCUGACCGCAUGUCUGUUGGGAGAGGGGUGGAGAUGGGCAGACGUGAGAUUUGGGUCGAGUAGUCGAGGGUUGUUGAUGUCGUCUAUUCUUGAAGUCAAAGUCUCAAAAUGGAAGCUCGAGCAGCGAGUUACAGCGGA